AUGGCUCAAGUUCCUAAGUUGGUGGACCAGAGAGAUCGCAAAUGCUCUGGUGAGAAGUUCUUCGAAAUCUUCCGGAAAAAAGCAAACCUCUUGCCCACGAUCUGCCCAAACUUGGUGAAAGAUAUACAACUAGUCGAGGGUAACUGGGAGUCGAAGGCCUCAAUAAAGAAAUGGACUAUGGUUGUAGCUGCAGGAAAGUCUGAGGUGAAUGUGAAGGCCGAAUCGGGAGAAGACACGAAUAAGUCAUACACUUACGUAAUAGGUGGAGAGGUUACAAAAAAGUACAAGAGUCUUGUUGUCACUUUCCUGGUUACAACAAAGCAUCAAGGCUGCUCGGUGACUCUGACUAUCGCAUAUGAGCCAAAUGUGGAAGGCCAGAAACCUACCGAGUACUUGAACUUCUAUAUCAGUGUGAUGAAUGAUGUCGAGGAAUACCUUCUGCGCAAUCCUUAAUACAAAGGGA